AAUCCAAUACAAGUUUACAAUGUGUGGAAUUUGUUGUGUGGUCAGCUUAUCUGCUCGUGCCCCUGGAAGUAAUAUCUUGAAAGAAGAUAUCCUAAACAAUCUUAAAAGAAGAGGACCCGAUAGAAGCCAGCAACUGGAAAAGACUGGGUUUCAUCUUCCAUACUGGUGCUUAUUUUCUGGCCAUGUACUUCAUUUAAGGGGGCCAAUGACUCCACAGCCAUUGGAAGACUCUGGUAAUGUAUUCCUUUGGAAUGGAGAAAUCUUCAGUGGAAUUUCUAUGGAAAGGGAAGAGAAUGACACUCAAGUUAUUUUUCGCCAACUCUGCUCUUGCAAUAGUGACUCUGAUUUUUUGACAGUGCUGUCCUCCAUUCAGGGUCCAUGGUCUUUUAUUUUUUAUCAGGCAUCCAGGCAUUGCUUAUGGUUUGGCAGGGACUACUUUGGUCGUCGAAGUCUGCUGUGGCAGUUUAAUCAAGAGAGUGACACUGUUCUUGCACUGAGUUCUGUUAGUUCUGCCUCUAAUAAUCAGUGGCUGGAAGUUCCAGCAUCAGGAAUUUUUCAGAUAAAUCUACAGGAUUGUGUUGUUCAUAAAUCUAUUACUUUAAUGUUACAUCCUUGGAAAUUUCCUCCCAGACAAAAUGUAGUUGAAAAUGUAAUCUCUGGAGAUUUAAGCAUAGUUUCUAAAUCUCUGCCUACUUAUGUGUCUUUUGUGAUAAAUGCAUCCACUUCUUUGAUAGCUCCUAUCAUUCCUUUAAAUGAGGAAAUUUCUGACAUGACAGUAGAAUCCCAAUUACUUAGUUUUCCCUCACCUGUAGCUGAUGCGGAAGUUCUUCAAACAUUUCUUGCAGAACAUCACAAGAAGGAAAGAGUCCAUCAAUUUAUUGAUGUAUUGAGCAGAGCUGUAAAGAAACGAGUUUUAUGCCUAAUGAGAAACAGUGAUCCAUUCAGAGGAGAAAUAUCAGAUAUAGAUCUGAGGAAAUCCUAUAUUGCAAUACUUUUUUCUGGUGGCCUUGAUUCCAUGAUUAUAGCUGCCCUUGCUGACAGGUAUGUUCCCUUGGAGGAACCAAUUGAUCUUCUCAAUGUGGCCUUCGAGGUUACAGGUCAAGGUAACCCGAAUAGUUCCAUUAAGAAAUGCAGCAAAGAGAAGAAACGAUUUCCCCCUUGUCAGGAAUCUUUAAAUGUCAAGAAUACUGUGACCAGUGACUCUUCUCCUUCUUUUAAUGCUCCUGAUAGAAUUACUGGCAGGGCAGGAUUAGAAGAAUUGAAGAUAAUUAAUCCUUUAAGAACUUGGAACUUUGUGGAAAUCAAUGUUACGCUCGAGGAUUUAAAAGCAAUGAGAGUGAAACAUAUAAGACACUUAAUUUAUCCACUGGAUACUGUUUUGGAUGACAGUAUAGGUUGUGCCGUGUGGUUUGCUUCCAGAGGAGUGGGUCUACUUACCAAUCAGGGAGCCGUUCGACCAUAUAAAAGUCCUGCAAAGAUUGUCCUUACAGGAAUUGGAGCAGAUGAACAACUUGCAGGGUAUUCCAGACACCGUGUUUGUUUCAAAAAAAGUGGUUUUGCUGGUUUGAUUGAAGAAUUAAAAAUGGAACUAAGUCGCAUUUCUUCUAGGAAUCUGGGUCGAGAUGAUAGAGUUAUUGGAGAUCAUGGCAAAGAAGCCAGAUUUCCCUUUCUCGAUGAAGAGGUUGUGUCAUUUCUUAACUCACUUCCUGUAUGGGAAAAAGCAAACUUGGCUCUGCCUCGUGGGAUCGGAGAAAAAUUGCUCUUGCGUCUAGUGGCUGCUGAGCUGGGUCUGACGGCCUCUGCUGUUUUGCCAAAACGGGCCAUGCAAUUUGGUUCUCGAAUUGCAAAAAUGGAAAAUACCAGUGAAAGGGCAUCAGACAAAUGUACAAGACUUCAGACAGCUUCAAGAGAAUAAGUAUAUAUAA